AUGACCGAGAUUGAGAAGCUCGUCCAAAUAUUCCUGAACGUGUCGGAAGUCGUGGCUUUCAUCUGGGGUCCUAUCAAACUCAUGUUAAUGAUCGCCUCUUCCAAACUCGAGACCUUGGAGUUCCUGCUUGACACAUAUGUGGAGUUUGGCGAAUUGAUUCCUCACCUGCAACAGUAUGAUCGUCUAUUUGCAUCCUCACCAUCAGUGUUGGAGGUUCUUGGGCGAUACGUUGAAGAUAUUCUCCGAUUUCACCAAAAUGCAUUGAAGGUCUUUUCGAGACCAGGCUGGCGGAUCUUUUUCGACUCGACCUGGAAAACCUUUCGAACGGAUUUCAAGCCUAUUGCCGAGAGCCUGAAGCGUCAUAGAGCACUAUUAGCAGAUGAACGACUCAAUGCCGCCGUUUCGGAGGUGCAAGUCACCAGAGACCAGAUCUUGACAGGACUGGAUGUUUCUUCGAUAGAAACAACCCGGAAAAUUGAUUAUUUGUCAGAUCAAGUCAGUGAGGUAUAUAGGCAGAUAGCCCAACAACUUUACUCCAUCGAGCACAGAAUCGAGGAUGGCGACACGAAAGAGCGGACUGCGACGCUUUUGAAAGAAGUAAGGCUCCUUACUCAAAAGUUGGAGCCUCCAGACUACGAAGCCGAUCACCAGGGAGCCUCAGAGCAACGAUAUCAUGAGUCCGGAUCGUGGUUUCUACGAGAGCCGCUGUUUCUACGGUGGAGUACAUCCCAGACCCUGCCCAAUACUACCCUCUAUAUCCAUGGCAUGCCAGGAGCCGGAAAAACAGUUCUCGCGUCCAAAGUCAUCUCUCAUCUUCGUAAUUCUACUAGUUUUAGCACAGCACGCUGCCUGUUCUUCUUCUUCAAACAUCGAGAAGACACCAAGCAUUCCAUGACCGAUAUGCUACGAGCAGUCAUUGUGCAAUUGCUGACACAAGAUCCUACUCUCGUAGGUGCAUCUUUUGAAGAGUACGGUUCAGUUAGCGAUAGACAGGCAAGAAGUCUGACUUGCCUCAAAAGUUGGGCCAAGAUGUUGCUGCUAAGCCAAAGAGAAUGUCAUAUCAUUCUGGAUGGUCUGGAUGAGUGUCCCGAUAAUGGUAAACCAGUCAGCGAGUCAAUAGGUAUCCUUGAUUGGUUUCUGAAAGAAAUCAUGCCAGAAACGUCAGCCCAAGGGUCGAGUUUGCGAUUACUGAUCACAGGACAGAGAGACGGCAUAUUGGACAAGGCACUCUUCAAGUAUCCUACAUUCAAGCUCGACACAUUCGCUGCCCACUUAGAUGACAUCAAGUCAUUCACAAGGGCAGAGGCAUCAAAGCUAGGAAGAAGAUUCAGUCUUGAAGGAUUCGAGGAGCAAAGUAUUGCAAAGAAGGUGGUUGAAGCCUCAAACGGCAUGUUCUUGUACGCUACGGUUGUUAUGGGAAAUCUUCUGGCUCAAGGCUCUGCAACAGAGCUGGACGAUGAGCUCACUGUCAACUUUCCUGAUGGUUUGGACAAGGCGUACGAGCGUGUUGCUGUUCGUCUAUUGGAGCAUCCUGGCCGGCGUCGGACAUUGAAAGAAUCUGCCGCCAAGAUUCUGCAUUGGAUUGCAUGCGCUACCCGGCCCCUAAAAUGGAGGGAAAUUCAAUCUUUGUUUUGCGUUGAUCCAAUGAAAGGUAUCUGUAUACCGAGGAAUAAAAGAGUCGAUGAUUGCAAAACUAUUUGUGGCUCAUUCGUCGAUGUCGAGCAUUCCAAACAUGAGGUGGAGGAAUGUGAAUUGAUCGUUCGGUUCGUCCAUGACACAGCUCUACGAUUUCUGAUUGACACACGACGUCUUGAUUUGUUUCAAGAACAAGCGAAUAUGGCUAUUUUUUCUACGCGAUAUCUCGCUUCAUCUCCAUUCGAGAAAGGGCAAGAUGCGAAAGCCAUCUUCGGCGCAGCUAUCUCUGGCUAUUAUGGACUUCUUGACUACAUUGUCGUCUACUGGCAGCGGCAUGUAGACAUCGUGUUGACAGAGAACACUACUGCACCCCCAAACCUUAUCAUCGACCUCAAUAGUCUUUUGAAAACCAGAUUCGAAGCACACGCUCUUGAACCAUACCAAUGUGGUGCGAAUAUAGAAGAUCCCCCUACGAUUGAAUCUGUUCCAAACAACGAAUGUUUUAGAUCCUAUGAGAAAAUUCUGGAAGAACGGUGCUCUUCCAUCAGAAAGAUUCUUGAGACAAUCUGGCCGCAAAUUCGUGGCGCUCGCGAACAGAACGACUUUCUCGCAUUUAAUGGACUCCCAAGAUACAAGUGCUCGAAGUCGCAAUGCAGAAUGUUCUCUGAAGGCUUCCUGGACAGAGAAAGUCGAAAUCAACAUGUGAGAAAUCACAAAAUACAGUUUUUCUGUCCCAAAGAUAAUUGUCCUCAUCAUACUCUUGGCUUCACCUCGGGGUCAGAUCUGCAAAGACAUACUAAGACAUCUCAUCCUCAAGGAGCGGAUACUCAGUAUGUGUUUCCCUCUUCAGCCAAGACAAAAGACGACAUCUGGUCUGCUUGCGCGUCUGGGAAUCUUUCCAACGUAAAGUCAUGCAUUGCUCAAGGAGUAGAUCCGAAACUGGGAAAGCGUGAAGGUGCAGCACUGUCGCCAAUCGUUUGUGCCGCAAGGAAUAGUCAUUUGCCAGUCUGCGAAUAUCUUGUCAGCCAAGGGUGUUCGAUAUAUGACGCCAAGGAUAGAACAAAGCGCAAUGUUACUGCUGCAGGAGAGGCUAUCAAAGCAGGCAACUCGAAACUGUUCUAUCAACUCGUCCAACUCGGAACCGAAGAUCAACGCGCUGACUUUGUUCAAGGUCCUUUGUUGCAGAGUCAUAUCGCCGCAGCAAUCAGUUCUGGUUGUCGAGAAUUGUUGGACACACUUCUGUCCUGGGAAUCUGGACGCCAGGACCGGCUGAAGCCCUUUGAUAUAUUCGUUUCCGCGUGCGCUAUUGCACGGAUUGGUCGGGAUGCUAUCGAGUUGUACGAGUAUUACUGGAGUCUUCUGGAUGCCGAUGCCAAGAAUGAAUUACUCAGUAAAACCUACAGGAAAUCACCUAGCAUUUAUUGGAAUGGAGGCAACAUGAUACAUCGCGCCUGCCGUUCGGAAAACUUGUCAGCCAUGAGCGUCUUGGUCCGGCACGCGACUGUGGAACAGCUUGAACACGGAACACGGCAGGCAGAAAAUCCACUCCAGUUCGCAGCACAAAGGUCUUUGCAUGUCUUUAAAUUCAUUCUGGAAAUCAAUGCAGCUGUCGAUAUCAAUGCCCUUAAUUCCAGGGGACAAAGCGUGCUUCAUCUUAUUUGCCGGGGCUAUCCUCAUAAUGAUUCAACCAAAGUACUCCGUCUGAUAUUCGGCCAAGUUCGACAUCUUGUCAAUGUACAAGACUACGAGGGCAGAACACCAUUACAUAUUGCUGUUGCAAAAGGCGGGUUGGAACUUGUAACCGCGCUCUUAGAAGAUGAGAAUUGCGAUCUUUCAAUCAAAGACAAGGAAGGUAAAACCGUUUUCGAGGUCGGGGAACACUUGCAAAACAACAAGGAAGAAAUCAACACACUGCUUCAUUUGAGCCAACUCAAACGCAAAUAA